GUCUCCCAAGAUGCUUAGGGACAGAUAGCAGUCUUCGUCCACCAUGGCAUCAUCUCAGACACCAGCAGCAUCCUCUCCCGGGCGUCUGAAGGGAAAAAGAUGUUUAGUCACAGCUGCUGCCCAAGGCAUCGGUCGCGCCACUGUCCUCGCUUUCCUACGCGAGGGAGCCAGCCUGGUUGUGGCGGUUGACAUUAAUAAGGAGAAGCUACAGACGCUGGAGGGAAUCGAAGGUGUUUUGACGAAGAAUCUUGAUGUUCGUGACGGAGUGGGUAUACGGGCGUUGGCACAGGAAAUUAAGGACAUCGAUGUACUGUUCAACUGUGCUGGGUACGUCCAUCAGGGCUGCAUUCUCUCCACCACCGAAGAGCAAUGGGACUUCAGUUUUGAUGUCAAUGUGAAGAGCAUGUACCACUUCAUCCAAGCUUUCCUUCCUACGAUGCUCGAAAAGCACAGAGGUUCAAUCAUCAACAUGUCAUCGGCCGCCAGUACAUUAAGAGGCAUUGAACAGAGGACAGUAUACGGUGCAACGAAAGCGGCUGUUAUAGGCCUAACUAAAGGGGUCGCCAGAGAUUGUGUACGCAACGGAGUGAGAUGCAAUGUGGUUUGUCCAGCUCCGGUAGCCACGGAAAGUUAUAAGGAACGUUGCCAAGACUUAGAGGAUUCGGACAAGGACCACAUCGAGUACAUCGAAGGGAAAUUGAUGGGACGUUUGGCAACACCGGAAGAGGUUGCCAACCUUUGCGUCUACUUGGCGUCUGACGAGGCCUCCUACCACACUGGCAAUGUUUUUACAAUUGACGGUGGCUUUUGUCUCUAAAUUUGAUACAGAAAUAUGUGGAAGAUGAUUGAAAAGAAAAUAUGAAGAAAAAAACCUGAAAGAUAGUGGAUCACCUUAGUAAAUUUUCAUCAAUAAACAUGCUGAAUGAG